AUGGUAUCAGAUUGUAUUACGUGUGGUAUCAGUGUUGGUACAUUCAGUUGUGCUGGAUGUAAAGAAUUUUUCUGUGCAAAACACGUUAUAAAUCAUCGGCAAGCUCUGUUGACUGAUUUAAAUUUAAUAUCUGACGAUCAUAAUACACUUUUAAAUCAAAUAAACGAUUUUAAUCAACUGUCAGCUGCAAAUUUAUUGGAAAAGAUUGAUCAAUGGACAGAAGAUACAAUUCAAGAAGUUAUCAUGGCAGCCGAUCAAGCUCGAACACAUGUUCGUCACUUGAUAAAUGAACGAAAAGUUGAGCUCAGGAAAAAAGUACAAGUGAUUUCAAGUGAACUUCGGACAAGGAGAGAAACAGAUGAUUAUUUUGAAGAUGAUUUAACACGGUUGAAAAAACAAAUUCAAGAAAUUCGAGAUGCCCUCCAGACACAUCGAUUACCUAGCGUUCAAAUUAUUAGUGUUGAUGCAUAUGAGCAAUUCGACUGGAAUAAUUUGAUUCAAGUUCAAAAACUUGACGCAAAUAGUAUAUACGAUAUCAAUUAUCCCGUAUACGAUAGACAUUUGAGAAAUAUUGAUAAGGUAAUAGAUGAUAAAGAAGAAAUCUUAAAUGAAAUACAAAUGCUGUUGGAUGAUAGACUAUUUGUAUCCAAAGAAGAUGGGCAAGAUGUUCAAAAACUCAAACAAGAAAUAGAGCAACUGAAGUUCGACAAGCAAUUUUUUGAAGCAUAUUUCCAGUAA